CUUACCCCUUCAUCUGAGUUUUGAAGCUCUUCAGUUCACACUCUGCUGCCUGUUUUCCCUUUACACGCCAUGCCUUCGCUGUGGAUAAAACCAGAUAAUUCCGCCAUAACCCACUUGCCAUAAAGCUGCUUCUCUUUCAGCUAAUUCAUAAAUGGGUAUUACACUUUUGUUCCUUUUUCACUCGCUUUUCUGCUGCUUCUUCUAUGCUCACGUCUCCAUCUCCAUCGAUGCAAAGUGCCACCCUGCUGAUAUCAAAGCCUUGAAAAGCUUUGCCAAUGGCCUUGACUCUCCAGUUCAAGGCUGGGACUAUGGCUUUUCUGAUUGUUGCAAAUGGAGAGGAGUGACCUGUAAUACACCAGCAGCGUUGAAGCUCAACGAUUCCAGUGUUUUCUCCAGAGUUGUGGCUUUGGAACUUCCCCAGGAGGGGUUAAGAGGAAAUGUUUCGGAGUCUUUGGUAGAUUUGGUUUAUCUAAGAACUCUUAACUUGUCAACCAACUUUCUCUCACGUUCUCUUCCGGUGAAUCUCUUCUCCCUGCAGAGUUUAGAGGUCAUUGAUUUGAGUUCUAAUGAUCUCUCUGGUUAUGCGCCAUGGAAUAUCAGUUCAUCCUCCAUUACGUUUCUUGACAUUUCUAAGAACAAGUUCAUUGGAGAUGUUGACCCUGGCUUCUGUUCAACUGCAAAACAGAUCCAAGUAUUGAAACUUUCUUCAAACAGAUUUCAUGGGAGAGUUCUUCCAGGUUUUGGGAAUUGCAGUUCCUUGGAACAUCUCUCUCUAGCUUCCAACUUCCUCUCUGGUGAUUUGCCUCAAGAUCUGUUUGCAUUGUUCAACCUCAAAACCCUAGAACUUCGUGAUAAUUGGUUUUCCGGGGAGUUGAGUUUUCAACUUGGGAACCUCUCGAAUCUCGUCUUCUUGGAUGUUUCAUCGAACAAUUUCUCGAGAUUGCUUCCGGAUGUGUUCUUCAAUCUCCGGAAGCUCGAGCAAUUCGCUGCAUCGUCGAAUAAUUUCUCUGGCGUUUUGCCGGUUUCGUUGUGCAAUUCGCCAACCAUUUCAUCGCUUAGUCUUGACAACAAUUCAUUCAGUGGUUCAAUCGAUGUUAUCAACUGUUCCGCCAUGGUUCGUUUGGUUUCUUUGAAUCUUGGCUCGAAUCAUUUCACUGGCCGAAUUGAGAGUCUCUCAUCUUGCCAUCAACUACGCAUUGCAAAUCUUGCCAAGAACAGAUUCGAGGGGGAUUUUCCAGAAAGCUUCAAGAAUCUCAGAUCACUUUCUCACUUCUCGAUUUCAAGAAAUGGCCUCCGUAAUCUCUCAUCAGCUUUGACAACUCUUAAUCAUUGCAAGAACUUGACUGUGUUGAUUCUAACAUUCAAUUUCUAUGGAGAGAUUAUGCCUGCAAAUUUAAACUUGAGAUUUGAGAAUACAAGACUGUUUGUGAUUGCAAAUUGUGGACUCACCGGUUCGGUACCGCCAUGGCUGAGCAAUAGCGCAAAGCUCCAGAUUCUGGACCUGUCAUGGAACUCUUUAAGUGGAGAAAUUCCGUCUUCCAUUGGUGACUUGCGACGCCUCUUCUACUUGGAUCUAUCUAACAACUCGUUAUCCGGCUCAAUCCCUAGGAGCAUCACGCAAUUUCAUAGCCUCAUCGAUCUCAAUAAUUCAUUGAAAGGGGAAAUAUUCGAAGGAUUCUCGUUUUUCAGCAGAAAGAGCCAAUCCGCCGGACGACAAUACAAGCAACUUUUAGGGAUGCCGCCAUUGGUGGAUCUCAGUUACAACGAAUUGAGCGGAAUCAUUUCGGCAGAAUUUGGGAAUCUGAGAGAUCUCCAUGUAUUAGACCUCAGCAACAACAAAUUAUCAGGAAAAAUUCCAAAUACUCUAUCAAACUUGACGGAUUUGGAAAGCGUGGAUCUCUCCUACAACAAUCUAACAGGAACUAUUCCACCUUCAUUGGCGAAUCUCAACUUCCUUUCAACGUUUAAUGUGGCUCACAAUCACCUUCACGGCCGCAUCCCUUCGCAAGGACAGUUCCGUACAUUUCCGAAUUCGAGCUUUGUGAGUAACGAUGACCUCUGCGGGCUUCAAACAUUUUCUUGUGAGGAAGAAUCUGAAUCUGACGACGAAGAGAACUCGAUUGGUGAAGAUGAGGAUGAAAGCUUGAGGUCACUUGUAAGCGUGCCAUUGAGUUUCGGAGCAGCCGUCGGAUUCGUUUCGACAGCCGCCGUUUGUUUCUUCUCCGGCAUGAUGUUUCCGAGGGAGAAGAAAAGGGAAUUCCGACGACUUCGUCAUUGAAACCGAUCAAAUUCAGGGGAAUUUUGGAGUUGCUCUGUUUCUCCUCAGAUGGAGAAAAUCAUCCGGAUACUAAUUUGAGCAUAGUCUAUAUUUAAUUGGCUUAAAUUCUUAAUUUAUUUUUAGUAAAACAAACUUAUUAUAAAGAUUUGAACAGAAACAUAUGUUAAUUACAGCUUGUUAUACUCACUUUUUUAAUUCGAUUUUGGUUGGAUAGCACUCAUAAUCUCUUUG